UCUCAAAUGAGCACACUCACUUCCUGCAGUCCUAUAUUAAUGCUUCAGGGAGAAAAGCUGCAGGAUCCAAUGAUAGCUGGACAAGUCAGUAAGCCCUUGCUGUCACUGCGGAGUGAAAUGAAUGCAGAGUUGAGAGGUGAGGACAAGGCAGCUGCUUCAGACAACGAGCUGAAUGAGCCCCUGCUUGCGCCUGUGGAAUCAAAUGACAACGAGGACACUCCCAGCAAGCUCUUCGGAGCCAGAGGAAACACAGCGCUGUCUGAUACGAGCACAUCUGACCAGCACCAGCCCAGUCCAUCCCAUCCACCGUUCCCUGUUGGGCCCCAGCCACUACUGACGGCUCAGCAGUUAGCCUCAGCUGUAGCAGGGGUGAUGCCGGGAGGCACUCCAGCACUGAAUCAACCCAUCCUUAUCCCUUUCAACAUGGCUGGACAAUUGGGCGGUCAGCAAGGACUGGUCCUGACUUUGCCUACUGCUAAUCUCACCAACAUCCAAGGGCUGGUAGCAGCAGCUGCAGCAGGAGGCAUUAUGACUUUGCCAUUGCAAAAUCUACAAGCUACCUCAUCCCUGAAUUCCCAGCUUCAGCAACUUCAGCAUCUUCAGCAACUCCAGCACCAACAGCAACAACAGCAGCAGCAGCAACAACAACAACAACAACAACAACAACAGGGCCAAACUCUUCAGCAACCACAGGGACAAACCAGCCAGCCCCAGCAACAAGCUCAACAACAGCCACCACAGCCUCAGCCACCACAGCCACCGCCUCCACUGCAGCAGCCUCCGCCACAGCCUCCGCAGUCCCAACCUCAGAGUCAGAGUCAGCCGCCACCAGCUCAGCCAUCUUCAGGCUCCCCACAGAAGCCCAGUCACUCACCAGGUCAUGGCCUUCCCUCACCUCUCACAUCACCAAAUCCACUCCAGCUGGUUAAUAAUCCUCUAGCAAGUCAAGCAGCAGCAGCGGCAGCAGCAGCCGCCAUGGGCUCAAUAGCAAGCUCACAGGCCUUUGGCAAUGCACUCUCCGGUCUUCAGGGGGUCACAGGUCAACUAGUCACUAAUGCACAAGGACAGAUUAUUGGAACGAUUCCAUUGAUGCCUAAUCCAGUCCCAUCCAAUCAGGCAGCAGGAGGAGCUCAGGGCCUUCAAGUGCAGCCAAUCACGCCACAGUUAUUGACCAAUGCCCAGGGGCAAAUCAUUGCAACUGUCAUUGGAAACCAAAUUUUGCCAGUGAUCAACACCCAGGGAAUCACACUCUCGCCACUUAAACCAGGCCAGCAGCUCCAUCAGCCAUCUCAGACACAAGUGGGACAAGCAGCAUCACAGUCCAAUCUUCUACAUUUGGCUCACAGUCAGGCAUCUAUGUCUCAGAGUCCUGUGCGUCAGGCUUCUUCCUCUUCCUCCUCCUCCUCUUCAUCUUCCGCUCUGAGUGUUGGCCAGUUAGUUAGCAAUCCCCAGACAGCCUCCGGUGAGGUGGAUGGGGUGAACCUUGAGGAAAUCCGAGAAUUUGCCAAAGCUUUUAAAAUCCGACGCCUGUCCCUUGGUCUUACCCAGACACAAGUUGGUCAAGCUCUAAGUGCCACAGAAGGUCCAGCCUACAGUCAAUCUGCCAUCUGCAGACACACCAUCCUGAGAAGCCACUUUUUCCUACCACAGGAAGCCCAAGAGAACACUAUAGCUAGCAGUCUGACAGCCAAACUGAACCCUGGCCUUUUGUAUCCUGCCAGGUUUGAAAAGCUGGACAUCACCCCUAAAAGUGCCCAGAAGAUCAAGCCGGUGCUUGAACGGUGGAUGGCUGAGGCUGAGGCCCGCCAUCGAGCAGGUAUGCAGAACCUUACUGAAUUUAUUGGAAGCGAACCGUCCAAAAAGCGCAAGAGGCGUACCUCGUUCACGCCGCAAGCUCUUGAAAUCUUGAAUGCCCACUUUGAGAAGAACACACAUCCCUCUGGGCAGGAAAUGACAGAAAUUGCAGAGAAACUGAACUAUGACCGGGAAGUAGUUAGAGUCUGGUUCUGCAAUAAGAGGCAAGCGCUGAAGAACACAAUUAAACGCCUAAAACAGCAUGAGCCUGCAACGGCAGUCCCAAUGGAGCCCUUAACAGACUCUCUGGAAGAAAACUCCUAAGUGGAUAACUUUAAGGAAAGAACACACAAACGAACACAAUUUUCAAACAUUUGAACUCUGUAAAGAUGCUCUUUCACCACCCUUGUAAGUAAAAAGACUGAGAAAGCGGCACGAUGGACAGAACAAUUUAUAAAUGUCUGUGCAGUUUCCUAGAUAAAAACAAGCAGAAAAAAAAAUACAAAAAAAUAAUAAAACACAGCACUUAGUGUGUAUGUGUGUGUGUGGUAGAACUAGUUCCGAAAUAAACCAGUCUCUUUUUUUUAUGGACUUAAAAGUAAACCAAAUAACCGCUUACUUUUUUCCCUGUAUAUUAUGAAAAUGUGAACAUGUUUUAUGGGAAAAGAAUCCAACCACCACAACAACAACAACAAAAACCUUUAACUGUUUUUAAAAGAGAGAGAGAGAGAGAGAGAUUGAGAGUACAAGCCUGCCACCUGGAGGAGUGAUUGUAGCCUUUCAGGUAUCAAGUGCUUCUUCACUAUGAAAACUAUUAACCAAAGUCAGAAACUUGGCGUUGCAAACUAGAUUGUUAGUCUACUCUUUUGUGAGUAAUACAUUGUGUUAUGAAUUUUUACAUUUGUACUUUGCAAAGAGAAAAUAAUACUACUAAUAAUACAGGACUGUCUUUUCCCCCAGUAUCCUCUCUCACAUGCCCUGCAUGUGAGUAAACUAACUACUUGGCUUGAGCUGCAGUGCUCAACCCUUUUGUUUGUCAUAUUAGACAGUUUAAUGAUCUCCAGAUGUUCGUGUGCCAAAAUGACUCUCUCUCCAAACUAUGGAUUUUGGUGUUUAUUUUAUUCACUGUUUUUCAUUUUAUUUAUUUGCAGCUCGGGUGACCCUUUAUUUUGUCUGCCCUCUCAACCACAAUGUCAUUUAUUUUCUUUAAAAGAAAACUGAACUGGUUUCAAUGGUGAGUCUAUAAGAAUCACACCAGAAGGACAUAUUAAGAAACAUGAACUUUUACUUCUCAUAGACAGCACACAACUUUCCCUGUCUUUUGGCCACGAAUUGGGAGAGGUCACCCAAGCUGGUUUUGUAAUAUAAAUAUAAACUGCACACUUGGUCCAAUAUACAGCAUCAGUGUUUUAUGGUUCUGUCUAUAUGAAGCAAUUUCUCUCCAAAGUCUGAUAGCCAAAGAAAUUCCUUGGGAUUCUAAUGGAAAGCAUGUUGGUGGAAAUGGACAGAAGUGAUGAGGACAUUCCAAGUUACUGCAUCUCUAGCCCUUCUGUUGUUGUUAUUGCCUUCACUCUUUAUCAUAUACUUAUGUUAUCUGUUUAUUACCCACUCCCAUCCCAGCUGGCAAUUGUUAUUUUCAGGAGCGUGGAUAGGCACAGGUUGGAUUGCAUGGAUGUCAUAAUUGGCUUAAAAAUUUGUGACUAACAUAUUUACCAAAUUUUGGAACCCUGAUGAAGAAACGGUGAUCACCAGCAGACAGCUCAGCUGUCACGCAAGACAGUAUGGCCAUGGAAUCAAAAGGUAUGCAAAGGGAGUUACUGACUCUUUAUAUACUGUAGAAGAGAGCCAAAACUGAGAGAUUAUUAGCUUUAGCCAAACAUUUCCUGAAAAUUCAGGGCCCAUGUUGUAUUCAUUACAAAAUUAGUUUUAAAGCUUGUUCCAUGCUUAUCAAAGUACAUUUGAAUCUGAAAUUCCAUAGAAUAAUACUUUUCCAUCUGAUUCCAGUGUAAAUCUCUAGGUUGUUCACCAAGACUAUUGUGACUGAGCAUUACAUCAUCCACAGAAUUUGUGGCCUUAAAGGUUCCAUCUCUCACACAGGUUCUUUCCUGAUUCACUAGAGGUAAAAGUAGUUAGUUGAGUUACCAUUUG